CGAUAAACAAUGGCCAAGGCCUGCUAGGCCGGGAACAGCAAGGUUUGGGUGGUGGAUGAGAAUUACUUGCCACAGUAAUUGGAAGAUUUGUGAAAACAGAUCCAACAACGAACGAAGCCAUGCACAGAACAUAUCAAUCAAUAAUUUUAUAUUCGAUAGUGCUAUUCCAAAUUAAAGGCUUUGUCAAAAGAUGGGGAGCGACACUCCGGUAAAGAUUUCGGAGGCGAGGAUUAAAUUUUCAUCGUCUUUUCCGGGCCCCAUGAAGAAGAUAUCCAAAACCAUUGUUUGUGAUGACGAGUACGAGUGGAAUAAAUGUAUGUCUUUCUCGCAUCAGAGCAGUACCCGUCAGACGUUACCAUCACAACCAAGAAGCACAGUUGAAAGUGGCAUUUACGAAGACUAUUGCGAAAAUAAACACGAAAACGAUGACUCAUUUUCAUCCUUCUUAUCGUGGUCUAUCGGUGAAAAUAUUUCAAAAUCUUUCGAUUGGGCACUAGAUUUAACGGCUUCCCAGACCUGCCAGAUUCCCUUCAAGUUUUCCUGUCACCCAAUCAAUUUUCCGAAAACUUGCAGCCAGAAUAGGACCAGUGGACACCGAUGUUACCAGGCGGAGGAAGACUAUGGUGAUGUAGAAUUGACAUCUCUCUUAGAAAGCGAAGAAGAAAACGAUCAAAAAGAUAAGGACGAGAAACGACUAUAUAUCCCAUUUCGUCUUCCAUUGUCUUGCGAAUAUUGCGGGUCUUGUUCCAUCAAGAAAUGUCACGAGUUCGAUCCAAACUGUCAGAGACCCAAAACAUUCUUUCCAAAAGCCAAACCUCCUUUCGGUCGUAACCCAUGAUUUACGACUAGAAACAAAGGGGGAAAUAGAACUGAUAAACCAUAGACAUGUAUUAACAUCGAGAAUAAAUUACGCUGCAAGAC